GUGAAGGGCGGGCGACCGGAAGUCGCCUCACGAUGGGGGAGAAGAAAACGUCGGCCCGCGUUCCCGAGGGGGGUCCCCGGCGCGUCCUGGACGCUCCGGCGCGGCAGCGGCGCCUGCACCGGCAGCUCGAGGCGCUGGAGAACGACAACUUCGGCGACGACCCACAGGCGGGGCUGCCCCGGCCCGGGAAACGGCUCCCGAAUUUCAGCGACAGCACCGAGACCGGCAAGAAGAAGAAGAAAACUCGAGGGGAUCAUUUCAAGCUGCGCUUCCGCAAAAACUUCCAGGCCCUGCUGGAGGAGCAGAACCUGAGUGCAGCCGAGGGCCCCAAUUACGUCUCGGCCGGGGCCGCCCCGUCCCGGCUGCCCCAGCGCCAUUUCUGCGCCGUCUGCGGCUUCCCCUCGGGCUACACCUGCGUCACCUGCGGGGCCAGGUACUGCUGCACACGCUGCCUGGGCACCCACCAGGACACCAGGUGCCUGAAGUGGACGGUGUGACCCCGCCCCCAAUAUGGCGGGUGUGGCCACGCCCACAAUAUGGCUGCCAUGAUGUCACCCGGAUAUGGCCUCCGUGAGCGCAUCUUUGUUUGGUCCCACUCCUAAAAUGGCCGCCGUGGCUCCACCCCCAAGAUGGCUGCUGUGACUCCGCCCCCAAGAUGGCCGUCAUGGCCGUACCCCCAAAAUGGCUGCCGUGGUCCCACCCCAAAAUGGCCACCAUGGCCGUACCCCCAAAAUGGCUGCCUUGGCUCCACCCUCAACAUGGCCACACCCCCAAAAUGGAAGCUAUGACCACACCCCCAAGAUGGCUGCCAUGGCCCCACCCACAAAAUGGCUGCCAUGGUCCCACCCCCAAGAUGGCUGCCAUGACCAUGCCCACAAAAUGACUGCCAUGGCCCCACCCACAAAAUGGCUGCCAUGGUCCCACCCCCAAGAUGGCUGCCAUGACCAUGCCCACAAAAUGACUGCCAUGGCCCCACCCACAAAAUGGCUGCCAUGGUCCCACCCCCAAGAUGGCUGCCAUGACCAUGCCCACAAAAUGACUGCCAUGGCCCCACCCACAAAAUGGCUGCCAUUGAAUCUCCCACAAAAUGGUUGCCAUGGCUCCAGCAUAAGAUGGCCGCCAUGGCCCCUCCCACAAAAUGGCCACCAUGGCCAUGCCCACAAAAUGGCUGCCAUGGCCCCUCCCACAAAUGGCAACCACGGCCACAUCCACAAAAUGGUCGCCAUGACCAUGCCCACAAAAUGGCCGCCAUGGCCCCUCCCACUCCCAAGAUGGCGACCGGGCCCGGUUUGAACCAAAAGCCGAAUUUUUCCUACCAAAA